CUUGCUUUCCCUUCCAUGAUAAACGCCAUAGUCGAUUCUUUCUUUUUCCUCGUUUCAAGCGCUGUUUUUGGUCGAUUGAAAUUCUUGAUCCGCCCACCGCUGUUUGUUUUUUGACAUCCAAGGCGUCGUCAAACUGUAGCUUGCUGAAGUCCCGGAAAGCAACCUGAAGCUUAACAACGCAAUCAGUCGAAGAGAAGACUGUCUUUCCAUCUUCAUUCUCUCGCCCACCGGAAAGCAGUUCGACCACCACAAUCGUCACUCUCGUUCUCCCUCAUUCAGCCCAGUUGACACACGAACGCGACACCACUAUAAACGAGCGCCUCCGCCGAUUCCAACACAUACAUUGACCGAGCCCGACCGUGUUGAUAAAGUUUUCGCAUCAAUCGUCUUCGAUUCGGUGCGCCCAAUCCAAACAACCAUGUGCAAUAUCUUUUACACAAUCCACAGCUGCAACCAUUGGGUCCCACAACCGGCGCCAGGCAAUGGUCCCAUCCUCCGUCUAUGCCCAAUGGCGGAAGUCAAUCGGCUCGGUUCACCAUGUCCAGUCUCGCAGCGGACUCAUAUCGUGCAAAAUCGGAGUCAAGGACUUUGCGAAAGGUGUCUAUGGAAGAAAGUUUCCAUGUAA